GACACCCCCCCAUUCCCCUUCCCUUCCCCCCAACCAGAGACAAGCCGCAUUUUAUUUCAGAAGCGCUCCCCCCGCGCGGCUCCCGGCCCUCCCCUCCGGCGCCGAUUGACAUCUGUAUACGUAUUAACCCUUCUUCGCCCACCCGCCCGCCUGCCCCUCUUGCCGGAUCAUGACCGUCGCUGCCGCCACCCGCCUCGCCUCACGCCGCACACUCACCACCCUGCUCACCCGUCCAAAUACACGCACAAUGGCUUCCUCUACCGCCGCUGCCGCCGCGGCGCCGCACAAGUUCGAGUUUCUCGUCAUCGUCCCCGACAAGCCCGGCACGGUACAGAAGCGCCUCGAAGUGCGCCCACAACACUUUGAAAACAUGACCCCGCAUGUCACAUCUGGCGCCUGGAAGAUGGGCGGUGGGUUGCGCAGCAAGCAUCGUCUCGCUGCUAGACGUCGAGAGCUGACCCAACAUAGGCGCCCUGCUGAACAGCGUCCCUGCCGAUGACGAUGCCACCAAGUUCGACUUCAUGGGCAGCACCCUCGUGUGUAUUGCCGAGUCCAAGGAGGCCGUGCUCGAGCAGCUGCGCAAUGACAUUUACAGCACCUCUGGCGUCUGGGACACGGAGAAGGCACAAAUCUACCCCUUCAAGUGCGCCUUCAGGAAUCCGUAAAAAACAGCCAUCACAUCAAUGAUGAAGCUCAUAUCAAUAAUAUCAAGACAGGCCAUAUUGUCGUCUCCCAG